AUGUUGUUCGCCAAAAUCAUCGUCUUUCUCGGGUUGACUGCAACCUCCGUCCUCGCCGCUAUUAACAGCAAGACUGUUAAUGAUAUCAAUACCGUCCGUAACAGCGUCAUCAAAGCCCGGAAGGCAAUGGAAGCCUGGGACGGGGGUGUCUUGUCGGGUAUCCCUCUCGUACACACCAUCUACAAGGCCCACACGACUGCUGAAACUGCCAGAAAGGGCAUCGAAGGAUCCGAUCCCUUUGAUGGUGAAGACAGGGAUGCCGUGCUCGACGCCUACCACCAGUUACAGCCCGAGCUCGUGCGCACUAUGGGGGUGGCACAGAAGAGGGCCCCCGAUUUCAAAAAAGCUGGUGCUGGCUACAUUGCUCGCAGCUUAAUGAGCAACAUCCGUACCGAGAGGGAUGAUUUCGAGAAGGCCAUGCGCACCAAGAUGUCUCCUGAGCAUCAUAAAAUGGUCGAGCCAUCCAUCGACGAUGUCAAUGCCGCUUUCGACGCUACUGCAAAGGCUAUGAAGGAGUAG